CAAAGCUCAGGUGCCGAUGCCGCCAGAUCUCGCCUCGCCCUCCGCUCGCUGCCGGUGGCCGCAUCUCGCUCCGCGCGCGGGGCCGCGGCGCCUCGCCGCCCCGCGCGCGCCAUGCGCACUCCACCGAGCAUUUCGCUCUCACCACACCGCGCUGAGUGAAGCUCUCUGCGCAGCGCCGACCCGCCGCACCCCACCCCUGCAGACCAUGUUCCGCUUCCUCCUGAUCGCCCUCUGCCUCGCGCUCGCGUCCGCGCUCAUGGCGCCGGUGGCCAUGCCGUCCAAGGUCGGCGUGUCCAAGGUGCUGAUGAGCGAGGGCGGCAAGGGCUUUGGCGGCGGCGAGGCGACGCGCGACCCUGAGCCGACUGAGAUCGACCCCAACGACCCGAAGGGCAAGCAGCAGGCCAUCCACAAGGCCGAGUCCUUCGCCGAGUACCUGGCCAAGCGCCAGGCCUCGUAGACGCGUGACCGCGGCUGCUGAUGGGAACUGUAAAAUGCGCCUCUGGCCGGCUCGACAGGGGGUCUGUUGGCCUACUCCCGUCCGUCUCUUUCGCACUCGGGUCGGCCGAUUGGCCGCCGGCGCGCUCGACGUUCGGGGUGGGCUCGCGGUGGGCACAUGCCUGCAUGCCAUGCCUGCAUGCGUUGACCUUGUCGUUUUCCUUCUGCUGAGACGGUCCCGAAUAUGCGCAGCGCUGUGGUGUGCUCGAAUGUGUAUAUCUUUCGUGGCCACGCAAUAUGACAUGUACCAACUUCUCA